GUGGGCGAAAUUGCAUAGAUUCUCAAGACAAAUAAAAGCAAGACUAGAAGUAAAAGGGAGCUCUCCUUGCCUUCCAUCUCUGCUCACUCUCCUUCCCCUCCUCUUAUAGGGCACCUGUCUUCGCCAUGUGGCAAUCACCCCCCGAUCCGGAACCAAAGAGGACUGUUCGCCGCAUCGCACAGGUUGUGAAGUUGAAACCCGAGUUUGUCGACAAAUACAAAGAAGUACACGCGGCUGUAUGGCCCGAUGUUUUACGGCAGAUAAAAGACUGCAAUAUUCAAGAUUACAGCAUAUACCACGAUCUUAGUACCGGUAUUCUUUUUGCAACCUUUAAAUAUGUCGGCCACGACUACGUAGGAGAUAUGGAGCGCAUGCGCGGAAAUCCCAAAGUCAGGGAGUGGUGGGCAAUGACUGACGGUUUUCAAGAGAGCAUGGUACCUGGUGCCGAAAGUAGCCAGUCGAACAAUCCGGCAUGGUGGAAAGAACUCGAAGAGGUAUUCUAUUUAGAAUAGAACGGAAUUUAUUCUAAGGGUAACAGCUAUCAUUCUUCUUAUCAUCCGGACAUCAACGUCGUGCCGGCUAUAGCAGGUAUCGUAGGUAAAGCAAUAACAUAUGCUGGAUUUGUGUGUUCCGGGGUCUAUCAUGUGUCUGUAGGUAACAAUACAUAGU